ACGACCCCAGCUGCUGCCAGCGGUGCAGCCCACCGUUUGUGUCCGUGUUUCCGCCUGUGUUUCCACAUGUAAUUCCCUGAAUGGUGUCGAUACAGGUUGCGUAACUUUAUUCCGCAGAUCAGCAGCCUGUGUGUCGCCUGUUCGAGCUCGGAUCAGAGGCGGGAAUGGAGAGGAGCGAGGAGGAGCAGAAUGAGAGCGGCUCGUCCCAACAACACAGCACGAUGUGGAAACAGUUCCAAGCCAAAGCGAAGCCGCUGCUCAGCCCCAAGCUGGGCUCCAGAGACCCGGAGGACAAGAAGGAGAGGUCGAGCUGGAUGUUCAAGAAGAUGAAGAGGAAGGAAAACGUCGUCCUGGACCGGGUGAUCUCCUCCUCACAGCCGGACCUUAUCUUCUCCUCCCAGGUGGAGGAGGCUCAGCUCUGCGGCAAAGCGGCGGCCAGCGGCUCCAGUGCGGGCCGGGAGAAGCAGCAGGCUCACAAAUCCGGCAGUCCGCUCAAAUCCACCGUGGCUCAUCUGGUGCAGUCCCAUCACAAGAGCUCCUCUCUGGGGUUGCGUGUCUGGAGAGGCUGGCUGAGCUCCUGGCGGCAGCAGCGGCAGUGGAAGCGCAGCAGCGAAGGAGGCGACGCGGUGACAUCUGCCGCAUCUGCAGAAGCACCGCUGGAGAGCAGAGAAGAGCAGCCGGGUAUCGGCGCUCCAUCCUCUGGGGUCGCCGCUGACAGAUCCGUCCUGAGCUCGGGGAUGUACAAACUGGAGAUCGAGCUGAAGAGAGGAAACAAUCUGGCUGUCAGAGACCGAGGAGGCACAAGUGACCCGUACGUAAAGUUUAAGCUCGCUGGUAAAGAGGUGUUCAGAAGCAAAACCAUCCACAAGAACUUGAACCCGGUGUGGGAGGAGAAGACCACGUUAGUCCUGGACUGUCUGAGUGAGCCUCUCUAUGUGAAGGUGUUUGAUUAUGACUUCGGCCUCCAGGAUGACUUCAUGGGCUCUGCUCACCUUUACCUGGAGUCUCUGGAGCAGCAGAGGAUGAUCCCAGUCACUCUGGUCCUGAAGGAUCCUCAUCACCCGGAUCAGGAUCUGGGCUCUCUGGAGCUCGCUGUGACCCUGACGCCUAAAGACAGUCCUCUGGAGGAACGACGAGACUCCACGACCAUGCUGCUCAGGAGAUCCUGGAAACGGUCCACAAAGACCUGGAGAGCAGCCCUACCCUGGCAGCCCUGCA